AUGGGCCGUCACCGGGGGCCGGGUAGCAUCGACGCCGGAAUCGAGAAGCAAACGACGACAAGGAUAGACGCAAAAGGCAACGCAGGGAUCCCCGCACUGGAGAGGGAGCCGGAACGUGGGGAGCAAAGAAGCAGAUGGGGGCUGGGGAGGCUUGCGGCUGCUAAUUACAACGUAACAGGUCAGCGCUUCAACACAGCCAUUCACAUCAUCUGCAGGCUCGUUGAAACGGCACCCACAGCGUCGAUCUCGGCGAUCUCGGCGACGCCAAUUACGGUAAACGACGCCCUAUCGAGUUGCAACAACGUGGUGUCUUAUGCGUUGAGAUGCCCAUAUUCGACAUCCUGGGAGAGCACAUGCAGCUUUCAAGCCCCCGGUGCAGUAAAUCCCGUGGCGGAGCAGCCACUGAUAUCGCCAGCAUCGCCAAAUAGCUUUGUCUCUCAAGAUGAUUGGCCCUUUUGUCGAGUAUUUGCUCCAUCUCAGUCCAAUGGAAGACAGGUGAGAUAUAUCUCGUCGAAAUCGCCAUCAUCUCUCACUGAAUGCCAGGAGUUGCGGAUCAUCAUAACAGCAAAGCCACAACAAUCUACGUCGAACUGCCCGCCUCGCUCCUUCACCAUAAGAAGAAAUGAUGACUCGUCGAAAACAGUCCCAUCCUUCGCUGAGCGCUUCGAGUUUCACAUCACCACAACCAACAGCAAAGCCACGACAAUCUACAUUGGAUCGUCAACCUGA